GCCCCGGCCACCUCGAGGCUCACGAAUCCCGCAGGUCACGGAAGCCCAUCAUGUUGCUCCCAGCCCCCGCGCGCCACCUCCCUGGACUUUUGCUGUUGUUCUGGCCGCCGCUGCUGCUGCUGCUGCUGCUGCCGCCGCCCCCCGCUGCUCCUGCAAUAUUGUCCCUAGCGAGCACACAGCGGCUAGGGACACGCGUCCCAGGGGGCAGCCCGGGGCAUCUCCCCACUCUGACGACUCCUACCCGCGCUCAUUAUUCCGGGACUCCAGGGGGCAGCCCGGGGCAUCUCCCUGCCCUGACGACUCCUACCCGCGCUCCUUCUUCCAGGACGCGCGGUGCAGGUGUUUGCAUAAGCAGGCCUUUGGACUUGGUGUUUAUCAUUGAUAGUUCUCGUAGCGUUCGGCCUCUGGAAUUCACCAAGGUGAAGACCUUUGUCUCCCACAUCAUUGACACUCUGGACAUCGGAACAGCUCAAACGAGGGUGGCUGUGGUGAACUAUGCCAGCACCGUGAAGAUAGAGUUCCAGCUCAACACCUAUUCAGACAAGCAGGCCCUGAAAGAGGCUGUGGCACAGAUCAUACCCUUGUCAACAGGCACUAUGACAGGGCUGGCUAUCCAGACGGCGAUGGAGAAAACCUUCACUGUGGAGGCAGGAGCUCGGGGGCCCAUGUCUAAUAUCCCCAAGGUAGCUAUCAUUGUGACAGAUGGGAGGCCCCAAGACCAGGUGAAUGAGGUGGCCGCCCAAGCCCAGGCUUCUGGCAUUGAGCUAUAUGCUGUGGGUGUGGACCGGGCAGAUAAUGAAUCCCUCAAGAUGAUGGCUAGCAAGCCCCUGGAAGAGCAUGUCUUCUAUGUGGAGACCUAUGGGGUCAUUGAGAAGCUCUCUGCUAGAUUCCAGGAAACUUUUUGUGUUGUGGACCCGUGCCUGCUUGACACACACCAGUGCCAGCAUGUGUGCAUCAGCGAUGGUGAUGGCAGGCACCACUGUGAGUGUAGCCAAGGGUACACCUUGAACGCCGACGGGAAAACCUGUUCAGCUGUUGAUAAGUGUGCCCUCCACACUGACGGAUGUGAACAGAUCUGUGUCAGUGGCAGAAAUGGCUCUUACCACUGCGAGUGCUAUGAAGGUUAUAUCUUGAAUGCCGACAAGAAAACCUGUGCAGCUCUGGAAAAAUGUGCUUCAGGUACACACGGUUGCCAGCACAUCUGCGUGGAUGACGGAGCCGGGUCCCUUCACUGUGAAUGCUUUGAGGGCUAUACCCUGAAUGCAGAUAAGAAAACAUGUUCAGCCCGAAACAAGUGUGCUCUGGGCACUCACGGCUGCCAGCACAUCUGUGUGAGUGAUGGAGCAGCAUCCUACCACUGUAAAUGCUUCCCUGGCUACAUCUUGAAUGAUGAUAAAAAGACAUGUUCAGGCAUUGAAGAAGCACGAAGCCUCAUUUCCAUAGAACAUGCUUGUGGCUGUGAAGCCACACUGGCAUUCCAGGAGAAGGUCAGCUCCCAUCUGCAGAAGCUGAACACCAAACUGGACAACAUUUUGAAGAAGUUGCAAGUAACUGAAUAUGGACAAGUACAUCGUUAAACUGUUCCUGCUCUGGAAUUAUAGAGUGCUUUGUAUAUGAAAAACUCAUUCCCUUGUACUCUUUAUCCCUAAUGUUCCUGCUAAUAAUCUGCCAUUACAAAUGCCUGACUGUUAUUCGGUAAAUAGUAUGAGGGGUUUCUAGGGAACCAGCAUCAUUUUCCAAGGAAAAAUGUCUUUGAGCUAUGACUGUAAAACCAUUAAUAAGAUGAAAAGUGAAAAGCUUAUUGUUUUGUUAUCUACUGAUUGAGCCAUUUACAUUUUAAAUGUAAGUAAGUAAAUGUAAGUAAGAUGAUCUUUUCAUAAAACUUUAGGAUUUUCUCUUGGUCAUAUUUAUAAUACAAACCAGCCUUACUAUUGAGAGAGCGCAAAUUUUAUGAACUAUUUACACAUAAAAAGUUCAAAUAAUUAAACCGAGAUGAUGUAUUUAGAAUUGUUUAACAUUUUUGGUUUUUUUUUGCUGGAAUAUUAUUAAAGCUAUAAUCAAGAGAUUAUGUGUACCUAAAAAUAAUUUACACAGAUUAAGUGAAUAUUACACUUUUAAUUGAUUAAUGUCAUAGAAAUGAACAACUAAAGAAAACCAGUGUGAACUUAAGGUGCUAAGAUUUUUGCCAAGGAAAAAUUCUGAGUUUUAUCAUUUGUUUCAUCAUGUAAUUGGCAAAAUUACAUAUUUAUAAAAUCAGUGUAACAAGCAACAUGCUAUAUUAUCUUUUUAAAAAUGUCUUUAAUAAGCCUAGUUUUUUUUUUUUUUCACUUGAAAUAUGCCAAACACACAUACUUUUUAAA